GCUUCACUUCACGGGGCGAACAUGGCGCACAGCUGUCGGUGGCGCUUCCCCGCCCGACCCGGGACCACCGGGGGCGGCGGCGGCGGGGGGCGCCGGGGCCUAGGGGGCGCCCCGCGGCAACGCGUCCCGGCCCUGCUGCUUCCCCCCGGGCCCCCGGCCGGCGGUGGCGGCCCCGGGGCGCCCCCCUCCCCCCCGGCUGUGGCGGCCGCGGCGGCGGCGGCGGCGGCAGCGGCGGCGGCGGGAAGCAGCGGGGCUGGGGUUCCAGGGGGAGCGGCCGCCGCCUCAGCAGCCUCUUCGUCGUCCGCCUCGUCUUCGUCUUCGUCAUCGUCUUCAGCCUCCUCAGGGCCGGCCCUGCUCCGGGUGGGCCCGGGCUUCGACGCGGCGCUGCAGGUCUCGGCCGCCAUCGGCACCAACCUGCGCCGGUUCCGGGCGGUGUUUGGGGAGAGCAGCGGGGGAGGCGGCAGCGGAGAGGAUGAGCAGUUCUUAGGUUUUGGCUCAGAUGAAGAAGUCAGAGUGCGAAGUCCCACAAGGUCUCCUUCAGUUAAAAGUAGCCCUCGAAAACCUCGCGGGAGACCUAGAAGUGGCUCUGACCGAAAUUCAGCUAUCCUCUCAGACUCAUCUGUGUUUUCCCCUCUCAAUAAACCAGAGACCAAAUCUGGAGAUAAGAUCAAGAAGAAAGAUUCCAAAAGUAUAGAAAAGAAGCGAGGAAGACCUCCUACUUUCACUGGAGUAAAAAUCAAAAUAACCCACGGAAAGGACAUUUCAGAAUUACCAAAGGAAAACAAAGAAGAGAGCCUGAAAACAAUUAAACGGACACCUUCCGCCACAUUUCAGCAAGCCACAAAGAUUAAAAAACUCAGAGCAGGUAAACUCUCUCCUCUCAAGUCUAAGUUUAAGACAGGGAAGCUUCAAAUAGGAAGGAAGGGGGUACAGAUUGUCCGCCGGCGAGGAAGGCCUCCCUCCGCCGAAAGAAUCAAGACCCCUUCUGGUCUCCUCCUUAAUUCUGAACUGGAAAAGCCCCAGAAGGUCCGCAAAGACAAAGAAGGCACACCUCCACUCACCAGGGACGACAAGGCCGUCGUCAGACAGAGCCCGCGAAGGAUUAAGCCCGUCAGGAUUAUUCCUUCUUCUAAAAGGACAGAUGCAACCAUUGCUAAGCAACUCUUGCAGAGGGCGAAAAAGGGGGCUCAAAAGAAAAUCGAAAAAGAAGCAGCUCAGCUGCAAGGAAGAAAGGUGAAGACUCAGGUCAAAAACAUUCGACAGUUCAUCAUGCCUGUGGUCAGCGCCAUCUCCUCUCGCAUCAUCAAAACCCCUCGGCGGUUUAUAGAGGAUGAGGAUUACGACCCUCCCAUUAAACUUGCCCGACUAGAGUCUACACCGAAUAGUAGAUUCAGCGCCACAUCCUGUGGAUCUUCUGAAAAAUCAAGCGCAGCUUCUCAGCACUCCUCACAGAUGUCUUCAGACUCGUCCCGAUCCAGCAGCCCCAGCGUCGAUACCUCCACGGAUUCUCAGGCUUCCGAGGAGAUCCAGGGUCUUCCCGAGGAGCGGAGCGAUACCCCCGAAGUGCAUACUCCACUGCCUAUUUCCCAGUCACCAGAAAACGAGAGCAGUGACAGGAGGAGCAGAAGGUACUCCGUGUCCGAGCGAAGUUUCGCCUCCAGAGCGACUAAAAAGCUGUCGGCUCUACAAAGUGCCCCGCAGCAGCAGACCUCCUCGUCUCCACCUCCGCCUCUGCUCUCCCCACCGCCGCCGCUGCAGCCAGCCUCCAGUAUCUCUGACCACACACCCUGGCUCAUGCCUCCAACCAUCCCCUUAGCGUCACCAUUUUUGCCUGCUUCUGCUGCGCCCAUGCAAGGGAAGCGAAAAUCUAUUUUGCGAGAACCGACAUUUAGGUGGACUUCUUUGAAGCAUUCUAGGUCAGAGCCACAGUACUUCUCCUCAGCAAAGUAUGCCAAAGAAGGUCUUAUUCGCAAACCAAUAUUUGAUAAUUUCCGACCCCCUCCACUCACGCCCGAGGAUGUUGGCUUUGCCUCUGGCUUCUCCGCGUCCGGCACUGCUGCGUCAGCCCGACUGUUCUCACCACUCCAUUCCGGAACAAGGUUUGAUAUGCACAAAAGGAGCCCUCUUCUGAGAGCUCCGAGAUUUACUCCAAGUGAGGCUCACUCUAGGAUAUUUGAGUCCGUAACCUUGCCCAGUAAUCGAACUUCUGCUGGAACAUCUUCUUCCGGAGUGUCUAAUAGAAAGAGGAAGAGAAAAGUGUUUAGUCCUAUUCGAUCUGAACCAAGAUCUCCUUCUCACUCCAUGAGGACAAGAAGUGGAAGGCUUAGUACUUCUGAGCUGUCACCUCUCACUCCCCCGUCUUCUGUCUCUUCCUCAUUGAGCAUUUCUGUUAGUCCUCUUGCCACUAGUGCCUUAAACCCAACUUUUACUUUUCCUUCUCAUUCCCUGACUCAGUCUGGGGAAUCAGCAGAGAAAAACCAGAGACCAAGGAAGCAGCCUAGUGCUCCGGCAGAGCCGUUUUCAUCCAGUAGUCCUACUCCUCUCUUCCCUUGGUUCACCCCAGGCUCUCAGACUGAAAGAGGGAGAAAUAAAGACAAGGCCCCCGAGGAGCUGUCCAAAGAUCGAGACGCUGACAAGAGCGUGGAGAAGGACAAGAGUAGAGAGAGAGACCGGGAGAGAGAAAAGGAGAAUAAGCGGGAGUCAAGGAAAGAGAAAAGGAAAAAGGGAUCAGAGAUUCAGAGUAGCUCUGCUUUGUAUUCCGUGGGUCGGGUUUCCAAAGAGAAGGUUGCUGGUGAAGAUGUUGCCACCUCAUCUUCCGCCAAAAAAGCAACAGGGCGGAAGAAGUCUUCAUCACUCGAUUCCGGGACUGACAUUGCUUCUGUGACUCUUGGGGAUACAACAGCUGUCAAAACCAAAAUACUUAUAAAGAAAGGGAGAGGAAAUCUGGAAAAAAACAACUUGGACCUCGGCCCAACUGCCCCAUCCCUGGAGAAGGAGAAAGCCCUCUGCCUUUCCACUCCUUCAUCUAGCACUGUUAAACAUUCCACUUCCUCCAUAGGCUCCAUGUUGGCUCAGGCAGACAAGCUCCCAAUGACUGACAAGCGGGUUGCCAGCCUCCUAAAAAAGGCCAAAGCCCAGCUCUGCAAGAUUGAGAAGAGUAAGAGUCUUAAGCAAACUGACCAGCCCAAAGCACAGGGUCAAGAGAGUGAUUCAUCAGAGACCUCUGUGAGAGGUCCCCGGAUUAAACAUGUUUGCAGAAGAGCUGCGGUUGCCCUUGGCCGUAAACGAGCUGUGUUUCCUGAUGACAUGCCCACCCUGAGUGCCUUACCAUGGGAAGAACGAGAAAAGAUUUUGUCUUCCAUGGGGAAUGAUGACAAGUCAUCGAUUGCUGGCUCAGAAGAUGCUGAACCUCUUGCUCCUCCCAUCAAACCAAUUAAGCCUGUUACCCGAAACAAGGCACCUCAGGAACCUCCGGUAAAGAAAGGACGGCGAUCAAGGCGGUGUGGGCAGUGUCCUGGCUGCCAGGUGCCUGAGGACUGUGGUGUUUGCACUAAUUGCUUAGACAAGCCCAAGUUUGGUGGCCGUAACAUAAAGAAGCAGUGCUGCAAGAUGAGAAAAUGUCAGAAUCUGCAAUGGAUGCCUUCCAAAGCCUAUCUUCAAAAGCAAGCUAAAGCUGUGAAAAAGAAAGAGAAAAAGUCCAAGAGCAGUGAAAAGAAAGAGAGCAAAGAGAGCAGUGUGGUGAAGAACGUGGUGGACUCUACUCAGAAGGCUACCCCUCCAGCAAGAGAGGAGCCUGCCCCAAAGAAAAACAGUAGUGAACCUGCUCCCCGAAAGCCCACGGAGGAAAAGAGUGAAGAAGGGAACAGCUCUGCCCCGGCACCAGAGUCCAAACAAAGCACCACCCCAGCUUCCAGGAAGUCCAGCAAACAGGUCGCCCAGCCAGCACCCACCAUCCCCCCUCAGCCCCCCAGCACGGGACCACCGAGGAAAGACGUUCCCAAGACCACUCCUAGUGAACCCAAGAAGAAGCAGCCUCCACCACCACCACCACCAGAAGCAGGUCCAGAGCAAAGCAAGCAGAGAAAAGUGGCUCCCCGCCCGAGUAUCCCUGUGAAACAAAAGCCAAAAGAAAAGGAAAAACCACCUCCCGUCAGUAAGCAGGAGAAUGCCAGCACUUUGAACAUCCUCAGCACUCUGUCCAAUGGCAAUAGUUCUAAGCAGAAAGUCCCAGCAGAUGGAGUCCACAGGAUCAGGGUGGACUUUAAGGAGGAUUGUGAAGCAGACAAUGUGUGGGAAAUGGGAGGCUUAGGAAUCCUGACCUCUGUUCCUAUCACACCCAGGGUGGUUUGCUUUCUCUGUGCCAGUAGUGGGCAUGUAGAGUUUGUGUAUUGCCAAGUCUGUUGUGAACCCUUCCACAAGUUUUGUUUGGAGGAGAACGAGCGCCCUCUGGAGGAUCAGCUGGAAAACUGGUGUUGUCGUCGCUGCAAGUUCUGUCAUGUUUGUGGGAGGCAGCAUCAGGCUACAAAGCAGCUGCUGGAGUGUAAUAAGUGCCGAAACAGCUAUCACCCCGAGUGCCUGGGACCAAACUACCCCACCAAACCCACGAAGAAAAAGAAAGUUUGGAUCUGUACCAAAUGUGUGCGCUGCAAGAGCUGUGGAUCCACAACUCCAGGCAAAGGGUGGGAUGCACAGUGGUCUCACGACUUCUCACUGUGCCAUGACUGUGCCAAGCUCUUUGCUAAAGGAAACUUCUGCCCGCUCUGUGACAAGUGUUAUGAUGACGAUGACUAUGAGAGUAAGAUGAUGCAAUGUGGGAAGUGUGAUCGCUGGGUCCAUUCCAAAUGUGAGAAUCUUUCAGGUACAGAAGAUGAGAUGUAUGAGAUUCUAUCCAACCUGCCAGAAAGUGUGGCCUACACUUGUGUGAACUGUACUGAGCGGCACCCUGCAGAGUGGAGACUGGCCCUGGAGAAAGAGCUGCAGAUUUCUCUGAAGCAAGUUCUGACAGCCUUGUUGAACUCUCGGACCACCAGCCACUUGCUUCGUUACCGGCAGGCUGCCAAGCCUCCGGACUUAAAUCCCGAGACAGAGGAGAGUAUUCCUUCCCGCAGCUCCCCGGAAGGGCCUGACCCACCAAUUCUGACUGAGGUCAGCAAGCAGGAUGAACAGCAGCCUUUAGAUCUGGAAGGGGUCAAGAGGAAAAUGGACCAGGGAAACUACACAUCCGUGUUGGAGUUCAGUGAUGAUAUUGUGAAGAUCAUUCAAGCAGCCAUUAAUUCCGAUGGGGGACAGCCAGAGAUUAAAAAAGCCAACAGCAUGGUCAAGUCCUUCUUUAUUCGGCAAAUGGAACGUGUUUUCCCUUGGUUCAGUGUCAAAAAGUCCAGGUUUUGGGAGCCAAACAAAGUAUCAAGCAACAGUGGGAUGUUACCCAACGCAGUGCUUCCACCUUCACUUGACCAUAAUUAUGCUCAGUGGCAGGAGCGAGAGGAAAACAGCCACACUGAGCAGCCUCCUUUAAUGAAGAAAAUCAUUCCUGCCCCUAAAGCCAAAGGGCCGGGAGAGCCAGACUCACCGACUCCACUGCAUCCUCCGACCCCUCCAGUUCUGAGUACUGACAGGAGUCGAGAAGACAGUCCAGAGCUGAACCCACCCCCAGGAGUAGAAGACAAUAGACAGUGCGCAUUGUGUUUGAUGUAUGGGGAUGACAGUGCUAAUGACGCUGGUCGUUUGCUGUACAUUGGCCAAAACGAAUGGACACAUGUAAAUUGUGCUUUAUGGUCAGCGGAAGUGUUUGAAGAUGAUGAUGGAUCCCUGAAGAAUGUGCACAUGGCUGUGAUCAGGGGCAAGCAGCUGAGAUGUGAAUUCUGUCAAAAGCCAGGAGCCACUGUGGGUUGCUGUCUCACAUCUUGCACUAGUAACUAUCAUUUCAUGUGCUCUCGAGCCAAGAACUGUGUCUUUCUGGAUGACAAAAAGGUCUAUUGCCAGCGACAUCGGGAUUUGAUCAAAGGCGAGGUGGUUCCUGAGAAUGGAUUUGAAGUCUUUAGAAGAGUUUUUGUGGACUUUGAAGGAAUCAGCUUGAGAAGGAAAUUUCUCAAUGGCUUGGAACCAGAAAACAUCCACAUGAUGAUUGGCUCUAUGACGAUUGACUGCUUAGGAAUUCUGAACGAUCUCUCUGACUGUGAAGAUAAACUCUUUCCUAUUGGAUAUCAGUGUUCCAGGGUGUACUGGAGCACCACAGAUGCCCGCAAACGCUGCGUAUACACCUGCAAGAUAGUGGAGUGCCGCCCCCCGGUGGUGGAACCAGACAUCAACAGCACAGUUGAGCAUGAUGAGAAUAGGACCAUUGCCCACAGCCCACCAUCUUUCACAGAGAGCUCAUCUAAAGACAGUCAAAACAUGGCUGAGAUGAUAAGUCCUCCGUCUCCAGACCGAUCUGCCCAUUCACAAGCUUCUGGCUCCUGUUGUUAUCAUGUAAUCUCCAAAGUCCCCAGGAUUCGGACACCCAGUUAUUCUCCAACACAGAGAUCCCCCGGCUGCCGGCCAUUGCCUUCUGCAGGAAGUCCUACCCCGACCACUCAUGAAAUCGUCACAGUGGGAGAUCCCUUACUCUCUUCUGGGCUUCGAAGUAUUGGCUCCAGGCGUCACAGUACUUCUUCCUUGUCUCCCCAGCGAUCCAAACUCCGUAUAAUGUCUCCAAUGAGAACUGGGAAUACUUACUCCAGAAAUAGUGUUUCCUCAGCCCCAACCAUCGAGACCACUUCAGAUCUUGAGUCCAGUGCCAAAGCAGUUGAUCAUGCCUUAGGGUCACUGAAUUCAAGUACUAAUUUGGGGCAAAACACUCCAUCUUCAAAUUUGCAAAGGACAGUGGUUACUGUAGGUACUAAAUCCAGUCACUCUGCUGGCUCUUCAUCUUCAGAAAUGAAGCAUUCCAGUGCUUCAGAUGGAGCACCCAAGAGCUCCUCUUCAAAAGGAGAAAAGACCAAAGUGCUGAGUUCCAAGAAUUCAGAGGGAUCUGUACAUAACAUGGCGUACCCCGGAAUUCCAAAACUGGCCCCACAAGUUCAUAACACCAUGUCUGGAGAAUCAAAUGUUAACAAAACCAGCACUUUUGCCGAACCCUCUUCAGUGCCAUUUUCUAAAGACACCCUCUUUUCACAGCUACAUUCAAGAGGGCAAAGAAAUGAGAGAGACCAACACACAGAUUCUGCACAGUCAGCAAACCCCUCCCCAGAUGAUAGCAGUGAUGUCAAAACUUUGAAGCUUUCUGGAAUGAGCAACAGAUCUUCUAUUUCCAGUGAACACGUGGGGUCUAGUUCCAGAGACAGGAGACAAAAAGGGAAAAAAUCUGGCAAAGAAACUUACAAAGAAAAGCAUUCCAGUAAAUCCUUUUUGGAACCUGGUCAGGUGACAACGGAUGAGGAAGGAAAUCUAAAGCCGGAGUUUGUUGAUGAGGUCUUGGCUCCUGAAUUUAUGGGGCAACGGCCAUGUAACAAUAUUUCUUCUGAUAAAAUCGGAGAAAAUGUUCUUUCUAUCCCAGGAGUUCCUAAAACUCCGUCUGUGCAAGUUGAAGGACCCACCAAAGAUGCACAGGCACCCCGGAAACGCACAGUCAAAGUCACACUGACACCACUGAAAAUGGAAAGUGAGAAUCAGUCCAAAAACACCCUGAAAGAGGGUAGUCCUGCUUCCCCUUUGCAAAGAGAAUCACCAUCUCCCACAGAGCCACUUGCAGCCUCCGAAAGCCCUGGAGAUGGCCCAGUGGCCCAGCCAAACCCCAACAAUACCUUACCUCAGGAUUCACAAAGUAACAACUAUCAGAAUCUUCCAGGACAGGACAGAAACCUUAUGCUCCCAGAUGGCCCCAAACCUCAGGAAGAUGGCUCUUUCAAGAGGAGGUAUCCUCGCCGCAGUGCCCGUGCCCGUUCCAACAUGUUCUUUGGGCUCACUCCACUCUAUGGGGUAAGGUCAUAUGGUGAGGAAGACAUUCCAUUCUACAGCAGCUCAGUGGGGAAGAAGCGAGGCAAGCGAUCUGCCGAGGGACAAGUGGAUGGGGCUGACGACCUCAGCACUUCCGAUGAAGAUGACCUGUACUAUUAUAAUUUCACCAGGACAGUGAUUUCCUCAGGUGGAGAGGAGCGUCUGGCAUCCCAUAACUUAUUCCGAGAGGAGGAUCAGUGUGAUCUUCCGAAAAUUUCACAGUUGGACGGUGUUGAUGAUGGGACAGAGAGUGAUACCAGUGUCACAGCUACGACAAGGAAAAGUAACCAGAUUCCAAAAAGAAGUGGUAAAGAAAAUGGAACAGAGAACUUAAAGAUUGAUCGACCCGAAGAUGCUGGGGAAAAAGAGCAUGUCAUUAAGAGUUCUGUUGGCCACAAAAAUGAGCCAAAAAUGGAUAACUGCCACUCGGUCAGCAGAGUGAAAACACAGGGCCAGGAUUCCUUGGAAGCUCAGCUCAGUUCACUGGAGUCAAGCCGCAGGGUCCACACAAGCACCCCAUCAGACAAAAACUUAUUGGAUACCUACAACACUGAACUCUUGAAAUCAGAUUCUGACAACAACAACAGUGAUGACUGUGGAAACAUCCUGCCUUCAGACAUCAUGGACUUUGUACUGAAGAACACUCCCUCCAUGCAAGCCCUGGGUGAGAGCCCAGAGUCGUCUUCAUCAGAACUCCUCAAUCUGGGUGAAGGUCUAGGUCUUGACAGCAAUCGUGAAAAAGACAUGGGUCUUUUUGAAGUGUUUUCUCAGCAACUGCCAACGACAGAAGCCGUUGACAGUAGUGUCUCUUCCUCCAUCUCGGCCGAGGAACAGUUUGAGUUGCCUCUGGAGUUACCAUCCGACCUCUCUGUCCUCACUACUCGGAGCCCCACUGUCCCCAGCCAGAAUCCCAGUAGGCUAGCGGUGAUCUCAGACUCAGGGGAGAAGAGAGUCACCAUCCCAGAAAAGUCUGUAACCUCCUCUGAAGGAGACCCAGCACUGCUGAGUCCGGGAGUCGAUCCUACUCCCGAAGGCCACAUGACCCCUGAUCAUUUCAUCCAAGGACACAUGGAUACAGACCACAUAUCCAGCCCUCCUUGCAGUUCUGUGGAACAAGGUCAUGGCAACAGUCAGGAUUUAACUAGAAACAGUAGCACCCCUGGCCUACAGGUACCUGUUUCCCCCACUGUUCCCAUCCAGAACCAGAAGUAUGUGCCCAAUUCUACUGAUAGUCCUGGCCCAUCUCAGAUUUCUAAUGCAGCUGUCCAGACCACUCCACCCCACCUGAAACCAACCACUGAGAAACUCAUUGUUGUUAACCAGAACAUGCAGCCACUUUAUGUCCUCCAAACUCUUCCAAAUGGAGUGACCCAAAAGAUUCAGUUGACCUCUUCUGUUAGUUCUACACCCAGUGUGAUGGAGACAAAUACUUCAGUACUGGGGCCCAUGGGAAGUGGUCUCACCCUAACCACAGGACUAAAUCCAAGCUUGUCAACUUCUCAAUCUCUGUUCCCUCCUGCUAACAAAGGAUUGCUCCCCAUGCCUCAUCACCAGCACUUACAUUCCUUCCCUGCAGCUACUCAAAGUAGUUUCCCACCCAACAUCAGCAGUUCUCCUUCAGGCCUCCUCAUUGGGGUUCAGCCUCCUCCAGAUCCCCAGCUUUUGGUUUCAGAAGCCAGCCAGAGGACAGACCUCAGUACCACAGUAGCCACUCCAUCCUCUGGACUCAAGAAAAGACCCAUAUCCCGUCUGCAGACCCGAAAGAAUAAAAAGCUUGCACCCUCUAGUACCCCUUCCAACAUUGCCCCUUCUGAUGUGGUUUCUAAUAUGACACUGAUUAACUUCACACCCUCCCAGCUCUCAAAUCAUCCCAAUCUGUUAGAUUUGGGGUCACUUAAUACUUCAUCUCACCGAACUGUCCCCAACAUCAUAAAAAGGUCUAAAUCUGGCAUCAUGUAUUUUGAACAGGCACCCCUGUUACCCCAGAGUGUGGGAGGAACUGCUGCCACGGUAGCGGGCACAUCAACAAUAAGCCAGGAUGCUGGCCACCUCACAUCGGGGCCUGCGUCUGGCUUGGCCUCCAGUUCCUCCGUCUUGAACGUUGUGUCCAUGCAAACCACAACUGCCCCUACGAGUAGUGCAUCAGUUCCAGGACAUGUCACUUUAGCCAACCCAAGGUUGCUUGGGACCCCAGACAUUGGCUCCAUAAGCAAUCUUUUAAUCAAAGCUAGCCAGCAGAGCCUGGGAAUUCAGGACCAGCCUGUGGCUUUACCACCAAGUCCAGGAAUAUAUCCUCAACUCGGGACGUCACAGACUCCCUCUAGUGCUGCAAUGCCAGCAGCCUCUGGCAUCUGUGUGCUCCCUUCUACCCAGACCACGGGCAUCCCAGCUGCCUCACCUUCUGGGGAUGCUGAAGACCAUUAUCAGCUUCAGCACGUCAACCAGCUCCUUGCCAGCAAAACGGGGAUUCUCUCUUCCCAGCGUGAUCUCGAUUCUGCUUCUGGGUCCCAAGCGUCGAACUUCACUCAGACAGCAGAUGCUCCUAGCAGCGUGGGGCUGGAGCAGACCAAGGCCUUGUCCUCAGCUAUGCAAGCCAGCUCAGCCUCACCUGGAGGCUCUCCACCCUCUGGACAGCAGUUAGCAAGCCCAUCAGUGUCGGUUCCCACGAAACCCAAGCCAAAAAUCAAACGGAUUCAGCUGCCUCUGGACAAAGGGAACGGCAAGAAGCACAAAGUUACCCAUUCGCGGACCACUUCUGAAGCACACAUUCCAGACCAAGAAGCCAGUGUGACACCCCUGACCUCAGUCACAGGGACUCCAGGAGCUGAGGCCGAGCAGCAGGGUGCAGCAACUGUGGAGCAGUCAGCACAAAAGGAGUGUGGGCAACCAGCGGGGCAAGUGGCUACUAUUCCAGAGAUUCAGGCACCACAAAAUCCAACAGCAAAUGAACAAGAAAACACAGAUCCUAAAACAGUGGAAGAAGAAGAAAGUAACUUCAGCUCUCCACUGAUGCUGUGGCUGCAGCAAGAACAAAAGCGGAAGGAAAGCAUUGCUGAGAAAAAGCCCAAGAAAGGCCUGGUUUUUGAAAUUUCCAGUGAUGAUGGCUUUCAGAUUUGUUCAGAAAGUAUAGAAGAUGCCUGGAAGUCAUUGACAGACAAAGUCCAGGAAGCUCGAUCGAAUGCCCGCCUAAAGCAGCUCUCAUUUGCAGGUGUGAACGGAUUGAGGAUGCUGGGGAUUCUCCACGAUGCAGUUGUAUUCCUGAUUGAGCAGCUGUCCGGUGCCAAGCACUGUCGGAAUUACAAAUUCCGCUUCCAUAAACCGGAGGAGGCCAAUGAACCCCCCUUGAAUCCUCAUGGUUCAGCCAGGGCUGAAGUCCACCUGAGGAAGUCUGCAUUCGACAUGUUUAACUUCCUGGCUUCUAAGCACCGGCAGCCUCCUGCAUACAACCCGAAUGAUGAGGAAGAAGAGGAAGUACAGCUGAAGUCAGCCCGGAGGGCAACUAGCAUGGAUCUGCCAAUGCCCAUGCGUUUCCGGCACUUAAAAAAGACUUCGAAGGAAGCAGUUGGUGUCUACAGGUCUCCCAUCCAUGGCCGAGGGCUUUUCUGUAAGAGAAACAUUGAUGCAGGUGAGAUGGUGAUUGAGUAUGCCGGCAAUGUCAUCCGUUCCAUCCAGACUGACAAGCGAGAGAAGUAUUACGACAGCAAGGGCAUCGGUUGCUACAUGUUCCGCAUUGAUGACUCCGAGGUUGUAGACGCCACUAUGCAUGGAAAUGCUGCACGCUUCAUCAAUCACUCCUGUGAGCCCAACUGCUACUCUCGGGUCAUCAACAUUGAUGGGCAGAAGCACAUUGUCAUCUUUGCCAUGCGUAAGAUCUACCGGGGGGAGGAGCUCACUUAUGACUAUAAGUUCCCCAUCGAGGAUGCCAGCAACAAGCUGCCCUGCAACUGUGGCGCCAAGAAAUGCCGGAAGUUCCUAAACUAAAGCUGCUCUUGUCCCCCGGCAUUUGAGAACCAGGACCCACAGCCAGCCAGGGCAGUGCUGAAGGCCUUGUCCAAGGAGCUCCAGGAUUGAGUGGGCACAGUUGAGGGGCCUCUGUGACGGCUCAACACCCUUACGUCCCAUACUUACAUUGCGCGUGUGAUCAGAGUCCUGGAGAGAGCGUUGAGGUCCCAAAGAAGAGACCGUGUGAUCAGCCUUCUCCUGGGUACCUUCUGAUUGUUUGCCGUUACGAAGUGGAAAGUGGGGAUCCCAAGCAGACUCGCCUGGAGGGAGCCUGUAGAGGGUUAGUUACGUUGCAAGUGGGCCUAAGCUCUCCCCAGAGAGAAGUUGCCAUCCUCACCUUGGCCCUUUCCCAAGCACUAUGAGUGAGGGUUCAGGCCAGACCCCUCAUCUAGAGUCGGUUGGAUGCCUGGUAGUUUGCCAACCAGUCCUUGCAUGGAGGCAUCUUUUGAGCCAACAGAGAAGGGCUGAUAGUUUUCCCUGUUCUCCUCCCACUCAAGAGUUCACUUCUGGUAGGGAGACAGAUCCUUAGCACCUCUGAUGUCAAAAGGCUGCCUUGGGGUUGUGCCAAUUAUGUUCCAAACAUUGAGCCUGUGGCUUGAAGGGGGAGUGCUCUCCCCAGGAGCCUUAUCUCAGCCAAUUCCCUGUCUUGGCAGUAGGAGCCGCGUCCCUCUCUUCCUUCCACCUUCUUCCUUGCUCCCCUCCACACACACCGUCCUUCAUCCCACUGCUUUCCCAUGCUUCUUUCAGGGUGGUAGGGGAGAGGGACUCUCUGCUCCAGGACGUUCCCUGAUGGGCAUAGGAUGUGCCUACGGAAAGUUCCCUGACCCUGUAAAGCACUCUGGGGGACAGAAGGGGGGAAGUGGACAGGAGCCAGCGGCCAUAACCAGACAGAAUUUGGAGUCAUUUUCAUCAAGCUCCUCUGAGAGUCUUGAAGAAAUAUAUAUGUAGCAUGAUUUUUUUUAGAAGAGGAAAAAGAUUAUUUAAAUAGGAUUUGAAUCAUGCAACAACGAGAGUGUCAUGACAGCCAGGAUGAGCCCUGGGCCCCAAGCCCAGGACGGUGACUUGCUCUACCCCGUGUUAAGACAUAGGAAGACUCCCUUGUAAACGGUCAGUGUCCGGUUGAAGGCAGAACACUAAUCAGACUCCAAGGCCCUAAACUUGGAGACUAGACCACCUCGUGUGGGGGGGACUCUGCCGCCUGUGUACAGUCCAUGGAUAAAGUAGAUGAAAUGACACUACUGCCCUGAUUACUCCUUAGGACGUGGUCAAAACAGCAUCAAAUGUUCCUUCUCUUCCUUCCCCUGAGACAGUAUCCUGAACCUGUUAAAUUAAGUCAUUGGAUUUUACUCUGUUCUGUUUACAGUUUACUAUUUAAGGUUUUAUAAAUGUAAAUAUAUUUUGUAUAUUUUUCUAUGAGAAGCACUUCAUAGGGAGAAGCACUUAUGACAAGGCUAUUUUUUAAACUGCGGUAUUAUCCUAAUUUAAAAGAAGAUCGGUUUUUAAUAAUUUUUUAUUUUCAUAGGAUGAAGUUAGAGAAACUAUUCAGCUGUACACACAAAGUCUGGUUUUUCCUGCCCCACUUCCCCCCGGAGGGUGUACUUUUUGUCGUUCAGUGUGUAGCUUGUUUGUGCCCUGUCGACAUCAAUGUUUCCUGGGUUUGCUCCUUGACAAUAAAUGGAGAAGGACGGUCACCCAACUCCAUUGGGCCAUUCCCCUCCUUCCCCUAGUGAAGCUCCUCAAAAGGCUGUCAUAGGAUCUGGAUACAACACUUCGUCCUCUUCCUUCCCGAACUCUUUCCUUGCUGGCACCAGCCCCUGAGCGGCAGGAGGCGAGCAUCUUCCGCAUCUCCCUCACCUUUCCUCCUUCAGAGUUUGCAGCCAACAUGCUGGAUGGCAACUUGACAUUGUCCAUCACCAUCUGCCUCAUAGGUCACCUUCUUCCUCUCCCUCUUCUGCCCACCGAGUCCUCAUUCCUGCCAAGCACCCAUUGAUCUUGUGCCCUCUCUAGGGGCAGCCCGUUGAAACUGAAGCACAGUUUGACCACUCACGAUGAAGCCGAUCCUCCUCUGCCCCUGCCAUGUGGUUUCAGAGUAGUGUAGUCCACGGCGAGGGCGGGGGGCCCCUUUUCUCACCGUGAGAAGCCCACUCCCAUGGAAGCCUAGUGAAGCAAUACGACUGGGCCCAGCGCACUCUGCCCCGGGACUCACGGCUCUGCUGUGCCUUCCAUCCUGGGCUCCUUGGCUUUCAUGACCUUAAGAACUUCGCUUGGUGGCUUUGCUGGAACAUUGUCACUGUUGCCACUGUCACACAGGGAGCCCAGCACUGUGGCCAGGAUGGCAGAGAACUUCCUUGUCAUCACGGAGAAGUGCCAGCAGGGGACUGGGGAAAGCACUCUACCCAGACCUCCCCUCCCCCCUCCUUUUGCCCGUGAACAAGAUGCAGUGGCCCGAGGGGUUCCACUAGUGUCUGGUUUCCUUUAUUAUUGCACUGUGUGAGGUUUUUUUGUAAAUCCUUGUAUUCCUAUUUUUUUUUAAAGAAAAAAAAAAACUUAAGCUGCGUUUGUUACUGAAACGAUUAAUGCACUGAUGGGUCACGAAUUCACCUUGAGAAAGACCCAAGGCCAGUCAGAGGGUGGGGGAAACUCAGCUCAAUAGACCUAGUGACUGCCCUGCUAGGCCAUGCUGUACUGUGAGCCCCCUCCUCCUCCUCUUCCUACAACCCUAAACCCUGAGGACAGGGAGGAACCCACAGCUCUCCUCCUGCCAGCUGCAGCUGGUUUGCCUUGCCUUUCCACCCCUCCCAAAUCAUCAAACCACAGAAACAAGAAAUCUCCUCUUACAGCUCAGCCUUGAGUCCAUUGCCAAAUGUCAGCAGACCUGCCAGCAACUUGGGGGAUAAAAGCUAAGGCUUCCCUACCAAUGGGGAAGAAGGCAAGAAUGGUGGAGCCAUCUCCAGCACUCGUGGGAGUCUGUUUGCAAAGCGACCCAGGGCAUCUCCGCACCAAAGUGCAGAUGGAGGCAUCGUGGUGGGUCGCUCCCCAGCAUAUCCCCCAAGGGGCAUCCCCAGUCCCUAAGGAGUAACAGCUGCAUACCUGGUCAGUUCUCAGUGAGAGCCAGCUCACUUACCGCUUUGCUGCUAGAACCUGUUGUGGCUGCAUUUCCUGGUGGCCAGUGACAACUGAGUAACCAGAAGAAGCUGCAUGGCGCCGACCCUUUGGCCGGAACCUGGCCCCUUGGCUCCCUCCGUGGCUGCCCACCACCUCCAGCACAGCCCCUCCUGUUUUUAGACCAAUAACAAGCGUUAAGGGGGAAGCCUUGGCAGCUAUUAAGUUUUCAACUGAGACUCCUUGGCUGGGACCCAGUCCACCAUCCUGCUCGCCUCCGUCUCAGCCCCGGCCAAUGUAGUAAGCACCAUGCAGCAACCUUGAGUACAAAACAAUACAAAAGAAAAAAAAAAGAAAAAAAAAUGCAACAACACAAAGACAAAAAAAUUUAUUUUAAUGAAUGUAUCUUUCUAAAGGACUGACAUUCAAUCAAAUAUUUGAAAAUACUAAAGGUCAAAACCUUGUCAGAUGUUAACUUUUAAGUUUGAUUUGGGAUUUUUCUUUUUGAAUAGAGAUCAAGCUGUUCUUUUUGUUGUUUGUUUUAAAGGAAAAGCGGGUCAUCGCAAAGGGCUGGGUGUCAUUCUGUGUUUCAUUCCUUCAUUUUAAAGCAAUACAAGGGUAUUGAGCAGAUGGUUUUUGAAUACCAGUCAAGUCUCACUCUGAAAACUUGCAAUCUUUUUGUUUGUUUUGGUUUUUCAAAUAAAUAUAAAUAUGAUAUAUAUAGGAACUAAUAUAGUAAUAUACCAUGUAACAAAGCCUAGUUCAGUCCAUGGCUUCUAACUCUUAACACUAUAGAUAAGGAUUGUGUUACAGUUGCUUGUAGUGGCAGGAAAAUGUCAGGCCAGCAUUCCUCUGGUCCUCGAAAGGGAGGGGGCUCAGACCACAGAGGGAUGGGAAGAGUCCCUCCCCGGGACCAGAGAGAAAUGCAAAAAUGGUGUCACCUGGAUUUUUUUUUCUGCCCGUGAAUGUUGCCAGUCGGUACCUGUACCCCUUGUUUCUCUAUUUCCGCCCAUGAAUGUUGGGGUUGCCACCUGCACUUAGGGGACAGUUGUGUUCUGUGCUUUCCUGGUGUCCUGCCCUGAGGUACUCUAGUCCUUUCAACCAAGCAAACAGACGCGUGCUGUUUCUUUUAUUGGACUUUUAACUGUCUCUUUAGUAAAUACAGGUAGUUGAAUAAUUGUUUCAAGAGCUCAACAGAUGACAAGCUUCUUUUCUAGAAAUAAGACAUUUCUUGACAACUUUAUCAUGUAUAACAGAUCUUUUGUUUUGUUAAUUUUUUUUCCUUGUGUUCUUCCAAGCUUCUGGUUAGAGAAAAAGAGGAAAAAAAAAAAAAAGAAAAAGUGUGUAAAGUCCAUCAGUGUUAACUCCCUGUGACAGGGAUGAAGGAGAAGACUUUAAUAGUUCAAAAAAUAAUAAUGCUGAAAGCUCUCUACGAAAGACUGAAUGUAAAAGUAAAAAGUGUACAUAGUUGUAAAAAAAAAAAAAGGAGUUUUUAAACAUGUUUAUUUUCUAUGCACUUUUUUUUAUUUAAGUGAUAGUUUAAUUAAUAAACAUGUCAAGUUUA